CGUGCUUCGCCUUAGGUUUGGGCUUCGGUCGGGCAUCCUGAGUAAUCUAAGCAAGGACGCGGCUUCGAGAUCAAGAGACCUCACGCUGCGUGGCUUCACAGGUUGGAUCGACAUGUCGGCUGUCUCUACCUUCACAUCGGCAUCGUUCUGGAAUGCUUGAUUCUUGACGCGAGCGUGAAGAGUAGAACGCACCUUGAUAUGUUCCGCUUUCACUUUGGCCUUCUUCAUGGCUUUAACCUUGGGCCCGCCCUUGCCUUUCGUUGCGCCGAUGCGUUUCUUCGGCUCUUGCUUGACAGCGACAGGGGCAGCGGGCACAGGCACGUCGGGCAGUUCGUCGAAGUCGACAGCCACGCCUUCAGGGACAGGCGAAGACGUGCGUCCUUUCUUACCUCCAUACCGCUUCAUGGCCGGAGCAGGGACCCCAACGCCGAAAAUUGCAGCAGAGCCGCUGUGUGUGAUAUCCGAGUCUCCGCCCUUCGCACGUUUCAUAGAUCGACUUUGCUCGUUGCUGUCUUCCGCAGCACGUUUGAUCCCGUGUUUCGCUUCGACGACCUGGUUGUUCUUGCCUUUCAUUUUGUUUUUGGUCGAAUCCACGUUCAUAACUUUGUUUGCCGCAGGAAGAUUCGUGCUCUUCUUCUUCUUACCUGCUUCGCGUCAAUGGCUUCGCGUCAAGUUCAUCCCUGAUCGUUCUUCUUGGUACCAGCAGCAACGGGAGGUCUCUUGGCCGCCCCUCGAGUGACUCGAACAGGAGGGGGAGGUAGAUCCGGUGACGGUUGUGUCGGCACGAAGUCUUCGUCCUGUGCAACGCCCAGCUCGAGACUGGAACUCGGCUGGCUAAAGUUCUUGAUCUCGUCCUCGUCCUCCACAUCGUCGGAAAAGGCCACAGCUUUCUUUCCUGAAAUUGCUCUGCUUUGCGACUUGC